AGUGCACCUGUGUGUAGAUCAUCCUGAACUCCAUGCACCGGUACCAGCCCCGCUUCCACGUGGUGUAUGUGGACCCGCGCCAGGACAGUCACCGCUACGCACAGCACAAUUUCAAGACCUUCCAGUUCCCCGAGACCUGCUUCACAGCUGUCACUGCCUACCAGAACCACAGGAUCACUCAGCUGAAGAUCGCCAGCAAUCCCUUUGCCAAAGGUUUCAGGGAGUCGGACCCAGAUGACUGGGUGUGCAGUGGCAGGUCUCUCCCUCUGUCUGUGGGCCUCUGUCGGCCCCGAGGAGCCCGACUGGAGCCUGGCAGCACGCAGCAGCAGCAGCAGCGCUCUGACCAGUGUCUGCAGUCCCGGAUGGACACAGGCGCCCCUCCGCCCCCCCUGCCACUGCCCCCUGCCUACACAGACCGAGCCCCCAGCUGUCUGAGGGGUUACCCCGCUGCGGGCUGCACGCAGUGACGCUGGGCUCGCUCUUGUCCGGGGGCGGCAGGAAGGGGUCCCUCUGCCUCACUCUGCCUCUCUCACGGUCACGCUUCCUGCUUCUGCCCCCUCGGCUCCCUCAUCCCCAGCCCUGUGUCAGCCCACCCCCCUGCUGCAGGCACCCAUCUCUCUCCGUCUGCUUCAGACCUGCCCAGUUAGCACCCAGGGCCAGUUAGUCCCUAUUAAGUACCCAGCCCCAGUUAGCUCCCUCUCUCCGUUACUGGCUUGCGGUGCCAGCAAUCCUCAGUGCCCUCCAGGACUGCCAUGACCUGCCCAGUUAGCACCCAGUUAGCUCCUAAGCCCAGUAAGCUCCUGGUUAGCAUCUAGGCCUAGAUAGCUCCUAAGCCCAGUUAGCUCCUGGUUAGCAUCUAGGCCCAGUUAGCUCCUAAGCCCAGUUAGCUCCUGGUUAGCAUCUAGGCCUAAAUAGCAA